CGUCUGGGCUCGAGACCAGAACUGUUCAGAUUUAACAGUCCGUGGACGGCCCGCCAGAGUCUGAGAGUCCGGUGCCCGGGCUGUGGUCUAGCGUAAAGGCACGGCCCAGGAGAAGGGGCGGGGCGUGGGAGAAGGUGAAGAAUGAGAUCUGGCCUCCCGGCCCGCCCCGCAAUGUGGCAACCUCUGGUCCUGCUGCUGCUGCUCCCCUCUGCCCUGGUGCCCCCCUCCACUGCAGCCCCCAUCCGCGAUGCUGACGCCCAGGAGAGCUCCUCGGGUUUUCUAGGCCUCCAGAGCCUAAUCCAUGGCUUCACCCGGCUUUUCCUGAAAGAUGACUUGCUGCGGGGCAUGGACAGCUUCUUCUCAGCCCCCAUGGACUUCCGAGGCCUCCCCAGAAACUACCACCAAGAAGAGAACCAGGAGCACCGGCUGGGGAACAACACUCUCUCUAGCCACCUACAGAUCGACAAGGUGACAGACAACAAAACAGGAGAGGUGCUGAUCUCCAAGCAGGUGGUGGCAUCCAUUGAGCCGGGAGAGGGGAGUUUGGAGGGUGACUGGAAGGUACCCAAGAUAGAGGAGAAGGAAGCCCUGGUGCCUGUCCCGAAAGCCAUCGACAGCUUCCACCCAGAACCCCAUCCCCGAGUGGCCUUCUGGAUAAUGAAGCUGCCACGGCGGAGGUCCCACCAGGACAUUCAGGAGGGUGGCCGCUGGCUCAGCGAGAAGCGACACCGCCUGCAGGCCAUCCGGGAUGGGCUCCGGGAGGGGAGUCACGAGGACAGCCUUGAAGAGGGGACCCAGGGGUCCUCCCACUCCAAGCUGCCAGCCCGCAAGACCCACUUCCUGUACAUCCUCAGGCCCUCUCAGCAGCUAUAGGGUGGGGGCUAGGGAACACCUGCAUGUACCCCCCAGCCAGACCCCACCCCAAGCACCAUAUGGAAAUAAAGUUCUUACAUCUAGCA